AUGUGUAUAGAAACAUCAGCGCAGCCACUUGAUGAAAAUUUGCCAAGUAACGGUAAAAAUACCGGUUACACCAUCGAUACUGGACUAUUCAGUGUUGGUGAAGUUCAGCAACAUUUCGGCGCAGAAGCCCGCCUCUCGCACGCCGAGUAUUUGGAAGGUCACCGAGUGCGUUCGGGGUUCGAGUACCAUCUCCAACUCGCAUGGUGCCGACGUAUUGGCACGGGUACCAGCGCGCCGGAACCGCUCUUCAGUCAGCUGAUUGCCCGCCAAGUGUUUACAGUGGUUCCACGCAAGUGCUAG